AUGGCGGCCACGAACGUUGCGACAAACGAACUCAAACUCGACUUAUCAAACAUGAACGGUAUUCACGGAACUAACGGUACCAACGGUACCAGCGACUUCUCCUACGGGUUCUCUCACGCAAACGGCACCAACGGCACCAAUGCGAAACCCCUCCCAAUAGUGAUCGCAGGAGGCGGUUGCGUCGGUCUCUUCCUAGCCCUCCUCCUCGCACAGUCCGACAUACCAAACAAAGUGGUCGUCAUCGAACCACAACAGCCAGACCCCAUGUCAACGCGCGCAAUGGCACAUCAACCGCCUACAUAUCCCAUCCUAUCCAAAGUCGAAGGCUUACUACCAGAGUUGGUAAAGACAGGAAGUCUAAGCUCAGGCCUCUGUUUCCGAACGAGCAUCCAAAACGGCAGCAAAGUAAUCGCAGAAAAAACAUUCAACAACACCGGCGAAGGCAUGAAAGGAAAAGGCCAACUCCUCCUACCACAAGGAAAAUUCCAACAAGUCCUCCUAAAGCGCUUAUCCGCUCUCGGUGACGAAAAAGCCGAAGUACGCCUCGGAACCAGCGUCUCAUCCUUCAAAUCAACCCCAACCAGCGUCACCGUGCAAAUCACCCCCGAAGCCACCUCCCUGCAACUCGGCGACGAAACGCUCGAAGCCACCUACCUAAUCGACGCAUCCGGUGCCCACUCCAUCAUCCGCAAAGACCUCAACAUCAGCCUAGAAGGCGAAACACUCGACGCGCAACUCGUAGCCACAGACCUUUAUUUCGACUUCCACGCCCACGGCUUCCACGACGCGAAUUUUAUUGUGGAUCCGCUGAACUACGGGCUUAUUGGCCGGAUUGAUCAUGCGAAGGAUGGGAAACCGGCGCUGUGGCGUGUGAGUUAUGGGGUCCCGAUUGGGGUGUCUGAGGAGGAGAUUAUGAGGACGCUGGAUGAGAAGUUGGGGGUUAUGAUGCCGGAUGGAGGACGGGAUGGGCGGGGGGAUAAAGCGUAUGAGGUUGUGAGGGUGGCGCCGUAUAAAGCGCAACAGCGGCUUGUGCCGUCGUUGUAUCAUCACGACGAGCGUGUCUGUCUUGUUGGGGAUGCGGCGCAUUUGACGAAUCCGUAUGCAGGGCUCGGGCUCGCAUCAGGUAUGGCGGAUGCGUCUUCGCUCUCUGAGGUUCUCAUUCGUGUUCUUACUGGGAAGGCUUCGGAUGGUGAGAGGUUGUUGAAUGCUUGGUCAACGGCAAGGAGAGAGAGCUUUAUGAAUGUUGUGGAUAAGCCUUCGCGGAUGGCGUAUAAGCGUGUCAAGGCUGAUGUCAGCACUGAUGAGAAGGUGCAAGAGAUGAUGAGCAGAGAUCCUCUUGUGGGCGCGUUGAAGAAGGGUAUGCCCGUUCAGCCGCCGAGUUUGGAGACGAAGGGGGAGGAAUUGGAGGGGUGGUGA